UAGCCCCGCUGUAUGCUGUUAAAGCGUCCUUCUCUUUCUGCUCUUAGGGUCCAGCUGGAAAGAGCUGAUUCAUUUUCCAGCUGCUACUCCAUCGACAGCGACGACUGCGAAAAGUUAAUUCGUAGAGAGAGAAUCCGAGACGCCACCACAGAUGACAUCGCAGACAGCAAUGCCGAGUCCUCCAACGAGCUGGUCUUAAUCCAGGACCCAGCUGAGAUCAAACAUCCGUCUUUGACCCUGAAAUUCACUUUUGAGGCUCUGACUGAAACCCUGAAGAAGUUACACAAGAAUGAGCUGGACAUGUUAAGUCGGAAGCUGUGGAGUCAUUACCCGCAGCAUUUCAGCUCCUAUCAAAGCGUGGACACCGUGGACAUCGUGGACAUCGUGGACCGACUGGUGGCGGCCUUCGGCUGUGAAAGCUCUGUGCAGAUCACCAGGACCGUUCUCGUCUCUCUAAACCGAAGCAAGAUUGCUGAAUAUUUGCAGAGCUUGUGCAUUGAGAACGCAGUGCGCUAUGAAUUACGUGCUUCCCUGAAGAAGAAGUUUUGGGAAGAGACGAUCACGGACGGAGAAAAGGUCCCGCUUGACGACAUCUACACGGACCUCUGCGUUUUAUCGGCGAUCGACAACGGCCCGAACAUCGAACACGAGGUGGUGACGGUGGAGAAGCUGAACACCAAGAAGACCCCGGACAAGCAGAUUCCUCUUGAAGACAUCCUCUCCCCGGAGAUGGUGAAGGAGCCCUUUGGGGAGCUGGUAUAUCUCGUUGGACUGGCGGGGUCGGGGAAGUCCACGUUUGUCCGAAAGUUGGUCCUGGACUGGGCCAUGGAGCGAUCACACCACCACCUCUCGUUCAUCUUUCCCCUGACAUUCAGAGAGCUUAACCAGUUCUCUGACGCCACCGUCUCCCUGGAGAAAAUGAUAUGGACCGUUUACCCGGAGACGGAGCGGUUGAAAAUAGACGACUUGAAGUGCAAAGACAAAACCGCCCUGUUCAUCUUCGACGGCCUGGACGAGUACCCUGGCGUACUCGACUUCUCGAAAACGGAGAUUUACUCGGACCCCUGCGAAGCCUUCAGCCUGCACGUCACCGUGGUGAACCUCCUCAGAGGCCGGCUCCUCCACCGCCACCUGUGCAUGGUAACGACCCGGCCUCGGUUCUACUCCUACGCCCCGUGGGACGCGUACUACGAGGAGAUAGAGAUGCGCGGCUUCCGCGACGCCGACAAGGACGAGUACUUCAGGAGGCGCUUCAAGGACCCGGGCCAGGCGGCCGCAGUCAUCGAGCACGUCAAGUCCUCCAAAAGCCUCCACGUCAUGUGCCACCUGCCCCUGUUCUGCACGCUGGUGGCGGACGAGUGUCAGCGCGCGUUCAGAGAGGCGAGGGCGGCGUCGGCGGCGAGACUCCCCAGGAACCUCACCUACAUCUACACCAAGCUGCUGCUGACGCUCGUCCGUCAGCUCCGUAAAAACAGAGCUCCGGAUCUGGGCCCGGAGAAAGAGCAGGCGUUCCUCAUGGAUCUCGGGAAACUGGCCUUAACCUUGCUGGAAAAGGGCCAGUACAGGACUUUAGCCGCCGACUGGGUGACAGAGCUGGCCAUGGAGGCGGUGGACAAAAGCGGCGUCUGCAUGCUGUACACCAUAACGCCGUACGUGUUGUUCGACGAGGAGGUGAUGACUUUUAUCCACCCCACCAUUCAGGAGUACAUGGCCGCUCUCUAUGCGUACCUGUCCUUUAAAAACCAGGACAAGAUCGUUUUUGAGCACUCCGUGAACGUGAAGUCUCUUUUCAAACUGAGUUCCAAGGGGCAUAGGAUGAUGGAGCUGUACAAGGCAGCGGUGGACAGAUGCCUGCAGCGUCAAGACGGCAAAAUGGACAUGUUCCUGCGUUUCCUCUUCGGGAUGGCGUGUAAGACCAACCAGGAGCUUCUCAGCCCGUUUCUCAGGUCUUCAGCCAAGUGCGAAGACAUGACCAAAGACUGCGUCGCUCUCAUCAAGAAGAUCAAAGAGCCUCAGCAUCCGGACAGGAAGAGCAACUUGCUGCGGUGCCUGGAGGAGCUGGAGGUCUGAGCUAGACUCUAACAAGCAGCCCAUCACUACGCAACAACGCUUAAGUUGUGCACUUUAGCAUGAGGCAAUACUACAGUGCUAAUGCCGACUGUGUGUGAUUAAGCAGCUAGGUUUUUUAGUUUAGCGGCGUGAGGAGAUCGUCUUAGUGAUCAGAUGUUUCCCCCUCUGCAUCUUGAGUGGUUUCAUUAGUUGUACUCUAUGAUCUUUCCCAACAAGUUGUCACGUUGCAACCCCAGACUUUGAUACUUUUACUGGGAUUUUAUGUGACGCACCAACAAAAAGUAGUGGAUAAUUGUGGCCUAAAAGCAGUUUGGUCAGACUGGAUGGAGAGCGUUCAUAAACAGCAGUUUUCAAGUUCUGCUGCUGAUUCGCAGUUGGGUUUAUGUCUGGCUGAGCCGUCCUGAUUCAUGGCUAUGCCUUAAGCCGCGGCACGGCGGAGCAGUGGUCCCGGCAGGGUUCGAGUGCCGGGCCUUUCUGGGUGGAGUUAGCAUGUUCUCCCCGUGUCUGCAUAGAUUUCACCUCCCACUAAAGACAUGCUGGUCGGGUCGGCCACUAGUGGCGGCCACUGAGCUAUAUUAUACACUGGAGUGCUAAUCACCGUCUGUUUGAACGAGUCGCUUUGAAGCCACCAGCCGCCA